AUGGGUGGAACAAGAGCUCUACCUGUGCACAUAUGUAUGUGAGGUGGUAGUGGGACCUGUGACAGGACUACACACUUCAACCUCCACAAACUGCUUUACCAUUAAAAAAGGAUGGGAGUGGGUUCAAGCGAGUAGAUUCAAGCGUGACUGGAAGUAGAAUAUAAGGUGGGGUAUGUGCAGAUAAAGGGGUGUAACCAAUUUUUUUUUCUGGGGGGAUGCAGGGGUACACAUACCCCUAAACAUUUUGUGAAUCUAAGUUUGGCCUCAUUGAGGGGCAGCAUUUCAAUAUGAGUAUGAGAAUGUGAGUACCCCUAAACUUUCUUUUAAGAAAAAAAGCACUGGGUGUAACUAGUCAGACAAGGAAAUGUUGUUUUCUUUAUUACGUUAUAUGGAACAAAUAGGUUGCAAUCAGCAAAUCUGAAAGAAACUGAAGCUAUCAGAGGUUGGCAGUUAGGCAUUUAGUCCUGGUCUCAUCAUGCCCUUGAAUGCACAUUUCUCCCGUGUAAAUGAAUUGCUGCAAAUGGAGUCAGGCAGGAGUAAAGAUACCUUUUGGCAUAGUUUCUGUUAUUGCUACCACUGACAAUCCUGGUAGUAUCUUUCGCCACAUUCCUUAUCUAAUUAUGAACAUCUUUCUAACUUUGACUGAGAUGAGGCAAUCCUGGGAUCCUGUCCUUUUAUCAUACUCUGGUUGCAGCAUGACCAGGCAACCCCACCCCAGCUGUCGUAGAUAAUAUACCCAAAAUUGGAAUGCAAACUUUCUUCAGUAAAGCUUUCUGCCAGAUUGUAAUGGAAGCGAUUUAAUUCUACCAAACCCUUUCCGAAAGAGGGGGAAUAUAGAGCAAUAACUGUUAACGCAUCGCGCCCACGUGAGCUGGAAAAUGUUGAAAAGUGAGGAGUAUACGGUUACAUAUCAAACCCGGAAACGGAAACGUUGAAGUUGGAGGCCGGGGGAGUUGUCGAUGUACAGUAUUUUGAACUGCGGUGAGGGAAGGGAGCGCCCGAGGACGCGGCGCGCUGCAAACUGGCUGUGAGUUUCCCGUGGUUAGCUGAUCUCUUACUUUGCCUGACUUGAUUUGCGUCAGUCAGAUUCGUGUAUAAUUAGGAGGUGGGGUAGAAAAUAGGGGAAUCGCUCCUGUCCCGGAGGCUCUGCUUUUUUAUUUCGAUUCCCCUCCCCUUUUGGUGGGCUUGGGGAUGGAAAAAUUGUUAAAAGAAGGAGGGAGGGGGAAAAACAACAACAACGUGUACCUCUAACGUGCAUUAAGCGCAACGUGGUAUUAUGCGUGGCGAGUGAAACUACACGUGUUUGCAUUGAAGUGAGUUCCACAUGGUCUUCUUUCCAACUAAGUGUUCAUAGGAGUUACGAAUACAGUAUUUGUUUGGAAAUAAGUCCCAUUGAAAGCUGUGGGUUUUUGUCCCCCCCCCCGUGAAGGUGUAGAAAUAUCUGGCUGCAUUAAGAACUAUGGCAGGCGAUGCAUGUAUUCACACCAGUACAACCGUAUCUGUAGUGUACUUUGCAGCGACUGCGUAUCAAAAUCCAGUUGCUUCCACACUUAACAGAUACCGGUAUUUAAUUAUGGGUGCUGUAACCACUCUUCCUGGAGAUUACUACCACUGAGCACGCACCACCCCGGAGUAGCUAAGUUUACCCCUUGGCAGUCCUGUUUAGAAAUCCUUGGUAAUGUCUGCCAAUAAUGUAUGCAUGGGUAAACCAUAUAUUUUUUUGGAGAAACAGAAAAGGUUAAACUACUAAUGUUUAUGGGUUGAGUGCAAUGCCUUUUUAAUUUUGAAAUGGAGGUACAGUAACAUAGUUGGGGGAUUCUCUACCAAAAUGCAGGGAGCCUACAUUUUGUAUCACAUGCCUCUGGGCAAAACUCUGCUCUCUUGCCAGCGCCCACCCACUCCCCAUGCAUUUCUGUUGCGAGUGGUUGCAAUAAACCUUGAGGCAAAUGACAAGCAUCCAAUAGCUAGGAGUGUGGUGUAACAAUUGGCACUAUGGCAAGUUGAGGUGCUAAGGGAUUCCCUGAAGAUUUGCUUGAGCAAGUUCUCUUAAUUAUUUUGCUGUCUCAAUUAUUCAGACUGCCUCAAUUUGUACUUGGUUCAAUUAUAUCUAAACUGAAAAAACUAAAUUGCUCUGGUUGAUCAUAUUCACAAUUUAACCUGAUUCACAAACCAUUUAACAGAGUGUUUAAAGAAAAAGGUUUGUAGGUUUUAGCCUAAUCAUAAAUUUGUCUAGAAGAAAGCUAACUAAAACCAGAGGGCAUUUUUUUCUGGGAUUAGUGUGCAAACUAAUUAGACUUGUAGUUUCCUCCUGCGUAUGUAAUGUUCAGUAAAAAUUGGGUGUGCAUAGGAUUGUUGCUCAGUGCACAAAUAUGCUGAUAGUUGAGUUUUGGGGUGGGGAGGCAACAGCACCCCCAGGACCCCUAUUCCCCUCACUUGCAGGAGAGAGCUGUGUGCAUUCUCACGGAAUGUCUUUUCUCUCACCCCAAACUAGACUGCAGCUCAUAUGUUUUAGAAGAUACUGUCACAUCAAUAAUGUUGUGUGAAUCAACUAUUACUUGUAAUACUAUCAGCUGGUAAUUUUGUUUUGGACAGCUUCUGUACUGUUCCUGCCCCUGCCGCCCAAAGUCCUGUGUGCCCUUUGCCCAAGUCUGUUCAGCAGUGAUUUAAAGUCACUAUUAUAUCUGCUGGACUGUACUUGCUUUCUAAAGCAAGCAGUUUGAACCAGUGUGGCCUCAUGGCUGGUGGUGGGUUAAACUAGCUCCUAGGAACCCUGAACUUAGUUCCUAACUUAGAUUGGACUAACUUUAUGGUGUUGGAUAAGUCACUAAACAACAAAAAAGUCACUAUCAGCCUCUGUUUCUAUUUUACAGAUACAGUGGUACCUCAGGUUACAUACGCUUCAGGUUACAGACUCCGCUAACCCAGAAAUAGUGCUUCAGGUUAAGAACUUUGCUUCAGGAUGAGAACAGAAAUCGUGCUCCGGCGGCGGCAGCAGGAGGCCCCAUUAGCUAAAGUGGUACUUCAGGUUAAGAACAGUUUCAGGUUAAGUAUGGACCUCCGGAACUAAUUAAGUGCUUAACCUGAGGUACCACUGUAUAGAGUAUCCCUGAACCAUCUUGGUAAUAUGAUAGACUUUGUAAACCAUGCACUUUAAAGGAUAAUAAUUUUAGGAGAGAUGUCUAGACCAAAGCAUAAAUGAAAAAAUUCAUAUAACUUGUCUUCAAAACAGAAUCAAUUAUAGCCUUUGCUGUUUUAAUUCUGCAAUCUAUGCACUAUAGCUGCAGUUGGAACUGGGUUUAUUUGCCUCUGUGUCAGGUGAAAUAGGAUGAAACUGCUGGCAUCUACUGAUCAAGUUACUGAUUAUAUAUUAUAACUUGCCCCAGGUUAAAGUUUAGAUUGAUGUGUAUCUUAUCUAAAGUGCAGAGCUGGAAUGAAUAGUAUACAUACAGUGCAUAUAUAACUUUAUUUGUACGCCACAUUUCCACAGUUUUUUAUGCUCAAGGCAGCUUACAACAUGAAAAAAAUACAGAACUGCAAAAUAACACAAGUAGUAAUAAACAAUAAAUAAAACAUUCAAAAAAUAUACAACCAUACGGAAUAAUUUCCACAUAAAUCACAAGAACUAAAAUAAAAACACAAAAGAACUGGCAACAACAGCAACAAGACCCCCCUCCAAAAAAAACUCCUAAACAGUACCCCAGCCCAAGAGUCUGCUCAUCAGCCUCUGCUAGUAUACUGAACUGCACAAUUUAAAUCAUAUAGGUGCUAAUUAUGGUUUGUCAAAUGAGAUUCUUGGGCAUUUUAAAAAUAACAUGUACUUUUCUUUGCUGGUUGUCCUCUUAAAGGCUUCCAUGUCAUAUUUUCACAGGACAAUGAAUCAGUGUAACCAAGUGGUUAAUAUGCUAGCUUUGUACAUGAGUUUGAAUCCUAGCAUGCUGGUUUCAAGGACCUCCCCAGGAAUAAUGGUGAGGCUGAGGCUGCAAGUCAUAAUCACUUGGGAGUAAAUGCCAUUGAAUUCAAUUGGACUUUACUUCUGAGUAAUCAUGUAUAGGGUUGCACUGCAAACCUGUGCAUGCUUCCUUGGGAGAAAAGCCUAUUAAACUGAAUGGGACUUGCUUAUGAUUAUGUAUAGGAUUGUCCUCCACACCUAUAUAUAUAUAUUUGUCCCUUCCAACUCUAUGAUUCUGUUCUAUGAUUUUAAAGACAGGGAAGCUAUGAAUAUACAUGUGUUGUGAAUAUAUAGUGUGGAUAAGAGUUUUAAAGAGGGAGACUAGUUCUGCACACCAAGCCAUUGUUUGCACGUAGGCCCUGUAACUUAAGCUCGUUUUCCUCAUUGGCAGUAACCAAUAGGCAUUUGUGAUUAUUUUAUUAGAAAUUUAAUAGUAAAAGUAGGAAUAUAAUUUUCAUCCUGCCUUAAUUGUCUAAAGGAGCUGGUGCUUAAAUGGAGGAAGCAGUUUCAUGGGACACUGCUGUACAGCUGAUCUCAGCAAAAGCUGAGGAAGUUGACGGAGACUGGAAUCUCUUGAAACAUAAUUUCCUUUUAAAGUUCAGCCAGCAAAGCAGCUUUUAGAUCGCAUUGUUGGAUGUUCCUCUUUCAUAAACAAAAUACUUUUCAAUCAGCACAAACACGUACAGUAAGUCAAGGGACGCGGGUGGCGCUGUGGUCUAAACCACUGAGCCUCUUGGGCUUGCUGAUCGGAAGGUUGGUGGUUUGAAUUCAUGUGACGGGGUGAGCUCCCGAUGCUCUGUCCCAGCUUCUGCCAACCUAACAGUUCGAAAGCACACCAGUGCAAAUAGAUAAAUAGGCAAAUAGAUAAAUACCUUCCCCUGCAGCGGGAAGGUAAAUGGUGUUUCCGUGCGCUCUGGCUUCCGUUACGGUGUCCUAUUGCUCCAAAGCGGUUUAGUAAUGCUGGUCACAUGACCCGGAAAACUGUCUGUGGACAAAUGCCAGCUCCAUUGGCCUGAAAAGUGAGCUGAGUGCCACACCCCAUAGUUGCCUUUGACUGGACUUAACCGUUCAGGGGUCCUUUACCUUUACCUUUACCUUUACCUUAAACUAAUCCAACAAAGAGUUGAGCAGAAUGCCUUUUAAUUACUUUCAGUUCCAUGCGCGUGCACUUGGGAGUAAGACUGUAGCUGAAUUCAGUGAAACCUGCAUCUGAAUAAAAAUCCAUUGAAUCUGCAACUUUCAGGCAAUAGGUGUGAAGGAAACAGGGAAGGAGUUAGUUAAUGGUGGUAUAUUGUGUAAGUUUUGGACAGUGAACAGAAAGUUGAGAAUGAAAACCUGAUAUUGCUCUGUAGAUCUGCUUGUUAUGAAACAGGCUCUGACCGUGGCUUUGGGACAGACCAAGAGACCUUGCCUUUAUAUGCUUCUCUAAGUUUGUCAGAAGAUAAACUGAUAUCUUGUUCUGAUAACAAGCAAGCAUCAGGCUACAGGUACAGACCUGCCAGCCAGCUUAUGCACAGAUUUAUUCAUUGAAGUGCACAGACUUACGCUAUCUUCAGGUUACAUCCCAAGGUACAUGAUAGGAGAAGGAGAGGGUAUGAGCUUGGAGAAUACUGUGCCUAAAUCUUUGUGGUAAGUCCUUUCUAAACUCAGACUUGCAGCACCCAUGCUUCACUUUUUGGAAUAAAGCAAGCUCUUCUAAUUUAUAAAGAAUAACUUGAGCUGCACCUCUUAUUUAAGGAAAGCCUGUCUUUACAGUACUAUCAGCAAAGGCACAACUCUCCCAUCCUGCAGGUUACGUCUACAGUGAUUCCUCUUAAUAUGCUGUUGGUUUAAUAAAGGUAUUGUCCAAAUAUGGAUUUUUAUUUUGUGUGUGUGUGUGUGUGUGUGUGUAGAUGUUUUUAAAUUGUUGUAAGCCACUGUGAACAUGGAGUCUGCCAUGGAAGGGCAGGAUUUAAAUUUUCUACAUGGAUAAAAUGUAAUAUAAUUCAUCCUAUUAUAUAUUUACACUUUGCAUUCCACUCUCUCAGUUUCAGCUUAAAUAAGAAUAAUGUCAAGUCUACUACACAUUCUGUUCUGUGUAGUGAAACAAAUUGGUAUAGCGUCCUAGUUAAUAUUUUUAUUAUUGCAUUUAUUUUAGGUAAAGAUGUCUUCUGAGGCCAACUAUGCUUUGCUUCAUACUGGGCAAAAGCUGCCUCUUGUUGGAUUGGGUACUUGGAAGAGUGACGCUGGACAGGUAAGCCGUGAAUUUAGUGUUUGAGAGAGGGGAAUUCUAGAACUCUGUGCUAAAACCAUUGAUUCUUUUUCUUUUUCUUUUAAUCUGUGGCUGCAUAGAAAGGUGAGGUUGCAUGACCAGAAGCUACUGUAUGUACUCUGUGCAGAUAGAACAUUUUUCGAUUUCUUAAUUGUGAUUAAAUGACUGGGAGUUUUCCUCAGACAUAUGCAUGUUGUGUUAGGAGCAAGGUGUAAUAGAGAAGAGCACAAUUACUUUUCUGGCAUUUAAGCAUGAUACUGAAUAAAUGUGUUCAUCCAAGAGCAGCAGUCAUGAAGAAUAGAGAUUGUGCAUGGAUAGCAUUAACCUACUUGUUGCACCUCCCCCUUCUCUCUUCAUUUGCCUUCCUCUUUUUGAUAUGAAAGUACAAAUGGAUAUUGAACUGAAAUGGCUAUCCUGAAUGUAGAUAUAGCAAUGCAUGUUCUGAUUUAGCUGGACAGGGGCAGAGAUGUUGGAUGGGUUUGGCGUAGUGGCCACUUGAGUCUGAGUCCAUGUGCAAUAGUGGCAUGACUUAGUGAUUCACUUUCAUCUAGCAGUGAGAGAUGUGCUGCUGAGGUUCACCACAGAAGAGUCCAGAAGUCAAAUUCUACCUCAGCCACAGACCUGCAGAGCGUUUCUGGAAAUUGUAGCUCUGUGGGAGGUAAAUUACAGUUCCCAGAAUUCUCUGGGGGAAGCCAUGUGGUAUGAAUGUGACCUUAAUUCACAUCUUUGCUUGUCCAUUUGAACAUAGGUUGGAACUGUCUCUGCCUCUGAAUUCUCUUGCACCAUCUUUUAUUCGUUAUACUGAUUGAUUUUGCACAUUCCAAAAGCAAGAUAAAGAAGGAGGAAGAACACCCACUUUGCAUAAAUUUUAUAGGUCCUAUUAAACAGCCAGUCUCCACUUCACUGAAGUGCCAUUUGCUGGCUCUGCUUUUUCCGUGCAGUUAUAGAUUCUUACAACUUAGUGGGGUCCAAUAUUCCUUUGAAGGGAGGCCAGUCAUGUUACUAGUCGCAAUUAAUUUAAUUAGUCUCUUUUUCAGUCUGUUUGUCUCAUUCUCUGUCUGACCCAGCCUUGGUGGGAGGACACUUUUCUUCCCUCAACUUGGAAGAAAAAUAGUUAGGAGGAGUGGGAAAUAAGGAUUUAUCAGGAACCAACAAGCAGGGAGUACAUAUUCUUUAUUUUGCCUUCCUGUAACUAAUAGAGUAGCUUCAACAUGGAUUCUGAGGAGAGACUAAUUUCCAGUCACAAGGCAUGAAGCUUUGCAUUCACUUUCUCCUUUGCACAAAAAAAGGGAGCCAGCUGAAGGAAAUUUAGUCAGAAUGAGAUUAAACAUUUUUUGGUAUUUUAAAUGUGUUUGUGGGAAGGGAGGGGGCUACUGGUUUGUUCUCUGUAUUUUGUGUUCUCAUUUUGUACAUUUUUGUUGUGAACCACACUGUGAUCUUCAGAUGAUGGGCAGUAUACAAAUUUAAUUAAUAAUGAUAAUUAUAAUAAUAUCUUCAGGCACUGAUAAUGGAGGUGACGUUUUUGCAUAAUGUGUUUUUAAAUGUUUAAAAUCUAAAUAAUGAUUUAUUGAUAAUUGCCGGCAGCCAAAACUGGUUCUCCUACUCUUAAUCACAUUGCAACUGCAAUGCUUAUUAGGUGGAGACAGAACAACCAAUUUAAAUAACAUGUUUUAAAGCUUUAUUUGUCUUUAUUUUACUUUAUAAAAUGAAAUGUAUAUACAACUUGAUUGUUAAACAAAAUGAAAACCUCAAAGCAGUUUACAAAGUAUUAAAGGCAUCUGCAAGUUUCAUCUUCGGUCGAAUUGCUCUCAUUUGGUAAUGUACCACAUUUAAUUUUUCUAUAGUGAUGACAACGCCUUGUGUAACCUGAAGUGUGUUGCAAGAAUUUAAUAAGCUGAACUUCCAUUCACAGUGUAUUUAUAGCAAUGUCUCCACUUUCUGAAUAGCCUUGGCAUGAUUCAUUUUAUGGUCACCAUUACUAGAGGAAAGAAAAAUCUUGCAGCUGGUGUUAAAGUGAGGGAAACAGAAUUAUUUUAUCAUUGUGACUAAGGGAAACUGAUUUCUAAUUAAUGUGGCUUUUUAGAACAUCAGAGCAUUUGUGACACACUUUAUCCAUUGCCCAGGCUUCCAAUAAGCAAAAGGAAAUUAAAUCUAAGAGGCAUCAGAGGCUCUGAUCUUUUUCUUUUUUAAAAAACCCUAACAAAAACCUAAAACCAAAGGCUCUUAUCAUCCUUUUGUGAAUAUUGUUUCAUCUCCUUUCAAACAAAAAAUGCAGGAGCUUUUAUCAGAUGAAACAUCAUCUAGGUAUAUUAUUUAUUCUAUUAUUGCCACGGAAACCUUUGCUAAAUGUUGUUUGUUCUUCUCAUUGGAGAACUGGAUAAAAAAAACAUUGCUUAAAAAAAUAAAAUAGGCAUAGUUCCGGUGGGCGGAGGACAGGGAGAGAAUGAGAGAAAAUGUAUUGACCUUGCUGAGAAUCACUUACAUACACAUUAUCUCUUUGUGGAUGUGCAACCAGACAAUGCGACUUGUGGUAGUAUGUGUAUGGUGUUCACUGUUAAAUAAUGUCAGUGCUCAAGGUGGCAUACAUGAUUCUUCCCUCCUCAUAUAUUCCCCACAACACAGUGAGGUAGGUUAGGCAAAGAGGUAGUGACUGGCUCAGGGUCACCCAGUAAAGCUUCAUGGCCAAGUGAAGACUUGAACCUUGGUCUGCCAGGUUCUAGUCUGACAUUCUAACCACCCCUACACUACAUUGCUAUUUGGCAUAAAUCACCUUAAAGUGUAAAGGGAAAAGGAUAAAAAAGUGCAAAUCUCUCAUUUUAUAAAAUGAUGAAACUUUCUCCAAGAUGUAUAGGCCUUUUGUCAUAAGUUCUUGUAGAUUUGGAAUGGCACUGUCGGCUAAAAUGAAGCAGAUGUCUCCACAUUCUUAUUCAACAAUCUCCCUAUUUUUCUUACAGGUAAAGGAGGCAGUAAAAUAUGCCCUUAGUGCUGGCUAUCACCACAUUGACUGUGCUCCGGCUUACAGCAAUGAAGGAGAGAUAGGUGAUGCUCUCCAAGAGAUGGUUGGAAAUGACAAGGUAAAAAAAAGGAGCGAGAAUAUUGCUGCCGCAAAAAGGCUGGGUGGGUGGAAGUUUCAUGUUUAUUUCAGAUUGGCUCUGCUUACAAAGUGUAAUUACAUCUCCAUAUAAACCUACCAAGAUGGCAAUCAGCUAUUGUUCCUGCUGCCUGCUGUGUGUUAGUGGGCUCUGUUGCUUUGACAUUCUGCCUAUCCCUUUGCUAAAUGUCCUUUUGCUGCAAAAAAAAUUCACAGGGCACAUUAAAAAUAUGUCUGUGGUGUUCUGUUGACUCUGGAAAUGAAGCUUCCUUAGCAUAAUAGCACAGAAGGCACACACAAAAAUCUAAUCAAGGGAUGAGAAACUUCUUGAGCACUGAAAAGAUUCCCUUCCCCAUUCUUUCUAAAAGGCCAUUAAGAGGGAAGAGCUGUUUGUGACUUCCAAGUUAUGGAACACCAAGCACCACCCAGAAGAUGUGGAGCCAGCUCUAAAGAAGACCCUGGAAGAUCUAAAACUGGAGUACCUGGACCUCUACCUCAUGCACUGGCCACACGCCUUCGAGUAAGUGUCCGUAGGAAGGAAAUGUGGAACAUGAAACCACAGCAGCACUUAGAGGGUAUGGGAGGGUCAGAUACCUUUCACCAUCUGCACAGAUAGGAAUUUGUUGUCACAGAACGAUGAGCCAGCCCUGUUGCCCCUUCUGUUCCUCAGGUUUACAGCAAACACAGUUCGUUUUGUUUACCUUCACUGUUGAGGGUUUGAGAUUCUUCUUUCUUUUGCAAAAGGGAAAAAAGAGAGGAAACAAAAGCCUAAUGAAUGAAAACAAAUUCUUAAGAGGCCUAUUGAAAAGAAACCUGUGGUCCUUCAGUUGUUGCUAGAUGCUAACUCCCAUCAACCCCAACCAACUAGUGAGGGAUUGUGAGGCUUGUAGUCCAACCACAACUGGAGGACCAUAGGUUCCCCACCCUGUUCUGUGCCAGCUUCUAGAUUCUGUGCUGUUAUAACCAAAGCUGUGGAUUUAUAGGAGUUACUUUUCCAAGGCCUAAGAUGGUCAGUCAUAACUCAAUUUAUACGGCCAUAAAUUUAUAUGGGUUGGUUUGUAGUUAACAAUUAGUUAACAAUUAAUAUCAUAUCAACUACUUGACCACAUUGUAAGUGGGAAAGGAGAAGAGCUGGAUCUGGAUCUGGGUCAUAUGACAUGGAUUUUAGCAGUGCUUCUACUGAGUUGAACUUAAAUAGACUUAAGAUUGUGCUAGUUAUCUGUUUGCUUUGCACAUUUUUUAUAAUAGGCGGGGGGACAACCUCUUCCCCAAGAAUCCUGAUGGCACAAUGCGCUAUGACUACAUUGACUACAAAGAAACUUGGAAGGCGAUGGAGAAGCUAGUGGAAAAGGGUCUGGUGAAAGCCAUUGGGUUAUCAAACUUCAAUAGCCGUCAGAUUGAUGAUAUCCUUGGCAUAGCUUCUGUAAAGCCAGCUGUGCUACAGGUAAGGCAGAUGCAGAAAAAGAGGGAGCAGGUUACUUUUUGAGAUGGUUUUCUUGGCAGGGGAGAGAAGGUGGGCCAUAAGGAUGGAUGCUUCUGUUUCUGUUGGGCGUGGGGUGGCUGUGCCGUGGAACUGCCUCUGCAGAAUGGAACGUCCUGUACAAAAAACCCCGCUUGACUCUUCUAAGAAAGGUUCAAGCAGUUGGGACUUGCAGUUUUUACUUAAAGCGACUGUUUACUCUUAAGGGUUGGUUUCCUUUUAAUAUGAGAAAUGCGAUCAAAAUAGCCCAGCUUUCCCACUCUUACGUUAUCAAGAUUUCUCUUUCCUUUGGUGGUUUUGUUUUUAGCUUUGCCCAUGCUGUUUGAGGCUGUUAUUUUGAAGAAGCAGUACUAGAGUAGGGGGUUUGACACUUUCUCCUCACUCCAUUUCCCUAAUUUAAAUUGGGCCCCCAACAUAUUGUUUGCUCCUUGGCAGAAAGUGAGGAGUGGAGGGAGAAGUGAUGCAUUUAUAGUGAAUCUCUUGACAAAAAGAUGUGAUCAUUUGAGUGAAUGGGCACUUCAGACUCACUUGAGCCAUUAAUAAUCUUUAAACUUAAUUUUCAUAGCAUACUUUUGUUUCUGGUACCCAGUUUGAGAAUUAACUGUGAUAGAUCGUGGUGAAGUGCUAUCAACGAUUAGCUAAAACAUGUGAUCAAUAACCAGAAUUCUUAUGGCAAAGGAAAGGGUGGUGUAGUGCUGCAGACUCUUGAGUGGCUUGCAUGAUCCUCUGCAACAGAGACAUUUGUUUAAAAAAACCCUCUCUUAAUAAUGUUCUCCUUUCAACAUUGAUUUCAGAAUGACACAACCGGUCUCACAGCAUUCUUUACAGUAUUUGCAAACGAGAGUCUGGUAAUAGAAGGCAUUUUGUAAAGCAAUAGGGAUCCUUAAGAUCAGGUGUCUUGAGAAAGGAAGGGAAGCCAAAACUUGAUUGUUUCAGAAAAUAUAUACCUUUUUAUACAAAAAUUCUAUAACGGCAUAAAUGGUUUUACAAAGCUGUUCUGCCUGGAGAGUGUGUUAUCUGUAUGUUGUCUUAAUAUAAGCAGGACUGCUGCAGAAUAAACAGAUUGCAGAUUGUAGCUAGUAUGUGUAGUAAAGGAAAUGUUAUCAGCUCCUGCAGGGUGGAGAUAAAGAAGUGGUCAGUGAAUUGGGUUACUCAACUCCCAGUUAAUCCAGCCCUAACCGUGAUCAAUCUUGCACUUCUGCUUGAGAAUGUUUAUGCCGGGCCCAGAUGGUCUUCCAGCUAAUUACUAUAAAAAGUUAGAACAAGCAUUAUUUCUUCCCAUGAAAGACCUAAUGAAUAAUAUUCUGGCAAAUGGAAAGCUUCCAAAAACCUGGAAGGACAGCUUUAUUACUCUUAUCCAUAAACAGGGAACAGAUGCCUCAAACAUGGCCAAUUACAGACCCAUUGCACUGCUAAAUAACGAUUACAAGAUAUUCGCAGACAUUCUUGCAAAUAGAUUAAAAAUGGUGCUGAAAGAGAUAAUUCAUAAAGAUCAAACCGGAUUUCUUCCCUGACGAUUUAUGCAAUCCAAUAUUAGAUGUGUGAUUAAUGUAUUAGAAUAUUUGGAUAUUAAAAUGAUAAACCAGCAGCUAUUAUGUUGGUGGACGCUGAGAAAGCUUUUGAUAAUGUGUCCUGGAAGUUUAUGAAAAAAUCGGACUGGGAGAAAAUAUUUGUAAAGGAAUAAAUGCCAUCUAUUCGGAACAAUAUGCAAAAUUGAUCAUCAAUGGAAGAAAUACUGAGGAGUGCAAAAUAAACCAGGGAACCAGACAGGGCUGCCCACUGUCUCCACUGAUAUUUAUCUUGGUGAUGGAAGUCUUGAACAAUCAGAUAAGAAGGGAUCAGCUUGUUAAAGGCAUCACUCUGGGAAACAAAACAUAUAAAAUUAAAGCUUUUGAUCUACUUGUUAUGACUGAAAACCCUAAAGAAAGUCUGAAAAGAGUGCUGGAACUGAUUAAAGAAUUUGGAGAAGUGGCAGGCUUUAAGCUGAAUAUAACAAAAACAAAAAUGCUUGUUAAAAAUGUAACCACAGAAGAAAAGGACGACUUAGAAAACAUAUUGGGCCUGAAAAUCUCUUCAAAAGCGAAAUACUUGGGUAUUUGGAUCACACCCAAGAACAUAAACUUACUUCAGGCUAAUUACACCAAAACUUGGUUAGAGAUUAGAAAAAACUUGGUAACCUGGAGUAAACUAAAAUUAACAUUUCUGGGUAGGAUUUCCAUUAUAAAGAUGAUUGUGCUUCCAAAAUUAAUCUUUUAUUUCAAAUGAUUCCGAUACUGGGUGAAGCAGGUUGUCUCAAGAUAUGGCAAAGAGAAAUUUCCAAAUUCCUGUGGGAAGGGAAGAAACCUAGGAUUAAACACCUGAUCUUAAUAGACAUAAAAGAGAGAGGAGGCUUUUCCCUACCCGACCUAAAACUUUACUACGAGGCAGCCUGUUUCACCUGGCUAAAAGAUUGGUGCAUGUUGCAGGAUCCGGACCUCCUGGACCUGGAAGGUUUUGACAACCGUUGGGGAUGGCACGCCUACAAUUUAUGAAUUUUCGCUUUUCCCCUAUAUGGAAAAGUGAAAAUUCAUAAAAAUUUUACCAACCAUAUAAUAAGAAAGUCACUCUUUGCUGUAUGGGAAAAAUAUAAAGACCUGAUGGAGCCUAAAGUCCCGUGGUGGACUUCUCCAGUAGAAGCCAUAGCAGUAAAACGGAAAAAUACUCAGGAAAGCUGGCCAACAUAUAAAAUACUUCUAAAAAAUGAAGAUAACCAAAUAAAAUUUUAAAAAAUUGAGGAAAUAAGAGAACACAUCUCAGACUGGUUCCAAUUCCAUCAGUUAUUUGAAAAAUUUAAAUCUGACAAACAAAAGGGGUUCUCAGUAGAAAUUUCCCAAUUCAAAUCUGAUCUUGUAAAUUCUAAAAGAAAAACUCUUUCCAAAACUUACGGACUCCUCCUUGACUGGACAGUCAAGGAGGAGGAGGUAACAGUGGCAAUGGUGAGGUGGUCCCAGGAUUUUGGCCAUUCAAUAACCAUGGCCCAAUGGGAAAAUUUAUGGAAGAUCAAUUGGAAAUUCACAAACUGUUACACGAUUAGAGAGAACUUUCAAAAAAUGCAACAUCGAUGGUAUCUAACACCAUGGAAACUUUCAAAAAUGUAUAAAAAUGUGUCAAGUAAUUGUUGGAGAUGCGGAGACUCAGGAACAUUCUACCAUAUGUGGUGGAUAUGUAGGAAAAUACAGGUAUUCUGGGAGAGUAUACAUGCAGAACUUCAAAAAUGCUAAAGAUCUCUUUCAAUAAAAAACCAGAGGCCUACCUCCUGGGAAUAACAGAUUUGGAUAUUCCACAAAAGAGGAAGGGUAUCUUUUUAUAUGCAACGGCGGCAGCAAGAGUUUUGAUCGCAGCAAAAUGGAAGAGUAAUGAAAUCCCUUCUAUACAAGUUUGGAUCCAAAAGCUGACAGAAUAUGCCGAAUUAGAUGGUUUAUCAGAAAAAAUAAAGAAUAAAUCAAAACAGGAAUUUGUUUCUAAAUGGGAGGUUUUCAAAGAAUAUCUGAAAAAUAAAUAUAGCAGGUUAAAUUCUGUUGCAGCAUUCGAGGAACUUCAGUAAUAGUUGCUAGGUAGAUAGAAGAAAUUAGAUUUAUUGAGAAUAAGUUUAAUUAUGAAAAAAAUGUGUAUUGGCAAUAAGUAAUAUGAAUUUGAAAUACAGAAUAGACGGGAAGUUGGGUCUUUAGUGUUAAGACCAAUAGAUGUUUUGUUGUUUGCCGGGAAAAUUGUGUGUCUAUGGUUAUUUUUGUAAUUUGUGUGUAAUUUGGUAUUUGUUUUUUUUGUGUGUUUUUUUUCUUGUUGUAUAAAUAAAUAUUUUUUUUUUAAAAAAAGAGAAUGUUUAUGCCACAAGUGGGAGGGUUUCCUCUAAGAACAGAAAUUAUGUGGCUUGUGAAUGCCAUACUGCUGCUUCUGCCCAUACAUGAAUUGACCUGCAUCUGCCUUUCCUGCUUCUGCAGUGCAGGUGGGUGUGUCCCCCCCCCUUAGCAGUCUUCUCAUUACUAUAUACUGCUUUUUAAAAUAGGUGGAAUGUCACCCUUACCUUGCCCAGAAUGAACUGAUAGCUCACUGCCAUCAGAAAGGGCUGGUGGUAACUGCUUACAGCCCUCUUGGUUCCCCUGACCGGAUGUGGAAGCACCCAGAUGAACCUGUGUUGCUGGAAGAACCUGGGAUAAAAAAGCUAGCUGAAAAAUACAGCAAAUCUCCUGCUCAGAUUCUUCUCAGGUAAUAGCAGGCUAGAAUUUGGUAGAGGACAUGGUGAGGACUUACUGGAACAAAUGGAUCUUUUUGGUUUCUGUGUGAAUUUACUAUGAACUUUGUUUUAGCCCAAGGGGUGGGAAACCUCUGCUGUCGCCACCCGCCCUGGGCAACUGUUGCAGGGCUACAACUCCUGUCUAACCAGCCAGCAAAUUGAGCAGGUGGUCCAGAAUGAUGAGAGUUGUAGUCAAGCAACAUCUGGAGAGUCCACAUGUUCCUCAUCCUUGUUUUAGCCAAAAUGGUCUGUUUAGCUGACUUUGGCUUCUAAAUGGCAAUAAAGCAUUUUCAGCCGCCUCUCCCGUUUCUUAUUUUGGCCUCUCAAAAGGCUGAAAGCUUAUGGUGAGCGGUAGGCUCUAAGUGGGCUCAAUACUUUGCAAGAUAGAGUCAGCUCCUUUUAAGAGAAGAGAUACUGGAGGAAACAAAAGCUCCCCAAAUGAGAAAGGAGAACGUAAUAUCCAAGAAUAUGCUGGGAUUUCUUGGCUAUAUUGCAAGCAUUAUCAGGGCCCAAGUGGGCUCAACUUUUCAAAAAUAACCAUUCAUUUUGAGAAUCCAUUCUGAUGUUUCUCUGAAAGGAGCUGUUUUGGAGCUCUGUCUUGCUCCCCAACAACUGAGCUUUCCCAGAGCUUGGAGCUCUGUCUUCUUAAGAUUAUGCUGUGUCACACACUGAGCCCCAAAGAUGCCUUAGAAGGCAUGAGAGGCCUGUAGAAACAAAGAGGAUGGUAGCAGUGGCUGUGGCAUGUACUAUUUUGCGACCUGGAUCGACUGUUUUGGAUUUUAUUUAGACAUUGUGGAGGAAUCACAGCUUCUCCUUUAACUCUGUGAUAGAUGGCAAGUACAGCGCAAAGUGGUCGUCAUUCCCAAGAGUGUUACUCCUGCUCGCAUACUCCAGAAUCUCCAGGUGAGUGAGGCCUCCUGCCAGGCCUUUCAGAAACAGCACUGCCUUGACUUGCAGUACUAAGGCUUCUGUUCUCCCUUUCUGUUUCCUUACUGACAUUGUCUAAAUCAGGUGUGGUCCUACCAUGUAGUAGUUUUAUAUAGCCACUGCAUGCAUAUUUACCAGUUCCAGUUCCAGUUCCUUCUGCAGCAGCCACGCCAUGCAGUGGCUGAUCAACUCUUUUUCUACUAUAUGUAUCAGCAGAGGCUUAUCUGGGUAUCUGAUUGUUAGAGACUGGAACAUACUAGUUUAGCACAUCCAGUCUUUGUACUCUACAUGUUCAGUCUGCUGAAGCUGACCCUCAAUUGUGUGCAUUCAUUGCCAUCUGUUUCCCGUGCCUCAAAGGGAUUUUCCUUUCCAGCUUUGAUUUGGGUAGCUGUAUUCUCUUAAAGCCUCACUUCAAACAGUUUUAAUUGUGCAUGUUCCUUUUGGAUUUAAAUGAGUUCACCAUAAUCUUUGAUCUUUUUCUCCAGGGCUUUUCGCUAGAGUCCAGGCAAAAAUAAAUCUCUGCCCUCCCCAUUUUGAGAGCAUUGCUGAAAAAUUACUCCAUAAUUUUAUCACUAAGCCGGAACAUGGCUUUUCAAGUGCUAUUAAAAUGAAGUUCAGAAUCAUGUUGGCAAUAUGAUAGUGUUUUCGGGGAGAUCCUCCCAAAUUCUUUGGAUUGUGUGUGUUGGAGUGGAGUGACUAGGAAGUUCCACUCUCUAGGAUGACAGGAGGCAGGAUUAAGAUUAUCUUCAUUUCAAGGAAGAUGGCAGGUUUUGCUUUUGCUUGAGAUUAUAAAAACCAAAACAAAACACAAAAAUUGCAUGACAACUACCAAACAGUGACAGCAACUCCAUCUCCUGCAUAGCAAAGUUAGGCAGGUGAAGAGAUGAGCUGGAUAGGAACUCUCUCAGAAGCAGAUCAUUUAACUUUCAUUCCAACUUCACUACUGAAUGAGAGGGCUUUGUGUUGGGCAACACUGGUUUUGCUGAAGAAGCCUAUGAGAGUUCUUCCUGCUGCACCCCCCUUCACCACUACCCAGUCACCAUUGCCUUCAGCUGGUGUUUAACUAGAUUUGAGAAGCCUACGAAUGAGAACUCCCUGAUGGAAGUCAGAACUUUUUUCAUUGGUCAUCUUUGUGUCUGAAGAUUUGUGGAGGGUAGCCAAGCCUCAUAUCACUAAAUAAGUCUUUGCUUGGGAAUUUGAUGCUUAUGUCUAGCAAGAAAUUCAGGCUUCUGUUAUUGAGGGAGAAACUGCCCUCUACCUCGAGGAAAGCAAUAAUAGCCUUUUAUUAUAUGCUCAAGGGUUGUAGGGCAGGCUAUUUGAAAUUAUUUAGCUUGUGAGCAGAGAGGGUUUCCCUAGCGUCUGUUUCCCAUUGCAAGCUGCUGUGCACAAAUGGUUCUCUGUCUCAUUUCCAAAGGCUGGAUCUGUUUUAUAAAUUCCAUGCACAGUGGCCUUGCAAGGAAGCCCUUGCUUUUGGAGGAAGUCAUCCAUCUUAAUUCUGCCCCCUGUCAACCCAGAGGGAGUUACUUCCACCUAAUCUCUGCUAUUCAGCUCCUUAAGCAGAUUUGCUGAUAACUGAGGAGCAAAAUUUGUUUCUUUUCCACUUAGUCUUUAGUAGGGGAGAUGCAGAAAAGAAGCAUACUUCAUAUACACCGGACAUGCAGAGUAGCUGAAAACAUCUUAUAGUGGAUUAAAGCUGGUUUUUUAAAAAAUAAGAUAGCAGUAAGUAAAGAAAAUGCUUAUAUGGCCCAUCUUUUGCACAAUGUAAGAUUAAUGCUAACCUGCUCAAUAUAAGGAAUGCACUGUGACUAGAAAGGCAAGGUAGAGAGGGUUGUGGAUUAGUGUGAGUGAAAAUCAUAUCUUAAAUAAUUCCGUUUGAAUUAGCCUGAUCCUCUAUUCCCUUUUCCCUUUCCUCUUCUUUGAAGAAACCCUUUAUGAGACCCCACAUUUAAAUUCUUCCCUGGUCUCCUUACUGGCCUUAGUAGGACCAACUUGGCCAGUUAGCCCUGGUGAUCAUUUGAUGUCUACUGACUAUUUUUUGUUUUUUUUCUUUUCCCAAAAUGACCCCUGAAUUCUUGAAUUUUAUUGAUAUUGAUGCUGCAUUUUUUGUUGUAUUUUAUGCUGUUUUAUGCUCUUUUAAAGUUGCAUUUUAAUCAAUGUUUUAUAUUUGCUGUUAGCCUCCCUGAGCCCAGUUUUUAAACCAGGAAAGGCAGGGUAUAAAUAAAACAUUAUUAUUAUUUAAAGUAUCUGCUUCUGGUUUUAGGUGUUUGACUUCAGCCUGACAGCGGAAGAGAUGAGCUUUAUUGGGAGCCUGAAUAAGAACUGGCGAUAUAUUGUUCCAAUGGUUACGGUAAUGUUGCCUCUUGCUCUCUAAGGCAUUUUCACCAUAAUUGAGGCUUUGUAUCAUUCGCCUCCCACGAGGGUGUUUAACACUCUAAACCUUCUUAUUCAUUUAUCCCUUAGUAACUGGCAUUCAAACAAAACAGCUGAAGUAGAACUUGGGGUAACCCAUUGUGUAGAUGACAAGCUAUUUACUUAACAUGAUUACUUCUUGUGAAUGCUAUUGGCUAGCAAGCAGUGCAUCAUUUGAUUUAAUUUUUAAAACAGGUAUCAAAUGUGUUGGUGUUUUUAGCUGUAAAUUAGGCUUAAAAUAAUAAAAUGAGAAUUCCCUGGAUGGCCUAGAUUCAGGUUUGGGGCAAGUACUCUUUGGUGAAAGAGCCCCAGAAAAGAUUUAAAAUUACAAAAAGUAAAGUAAAGUGCCGGAAUAUAGGCUGUUAGAUCUUUAAAAUAUCCUCUUCUAAGUUUAUUUCAAAGCUCCUACUUCCUCUUUGUGAAAGAGACCACGUUUGGCAAACUGAAAAUGGUUUACUUACAAAUUCUUCAAAGAUCAGAUUUAUGUGCUUUUCCAAACAGCAGCAAGAAAAGUAUCUCAGGUUGUCUGAUGAGAGGGCUGGCCCUGAUAGCGGAGGAUAUGUGAUAAAGAUACAGAGGAUUUUCCUUCUGUGUAAAAAUAGAUCAGAUAUUUUUCCUUGCUAAGAGAGAUGCAUGAAGAGAUGCAUGAAGAGAAUAAAUUACUAAUUUGUCCUUGAAAAGUUCUGUAGGUUUCAUUUUGCUCCCUGCCCCCCCUUCUAAUGCAAUAUUUAAUGAACAAGCAAUUUUUAAAUUUGCAUUUGUGAUGGUACAAGCUGUAUUGCCUGUGUUGCAUGCCCCCUAGUGGCUCCUGAGAUGAGGAAGAAAACUAUUCUCUAUCAACAGAACCUUAUUGUACAUUAUCCAAGGGUUUCUAUAAAAGCAUCAUGUUGCCCUCUUGUCACCCUUAUUGGUUUUCCUUUUCUCUGCGCUCUGUGUGUGUGUAUCCUUCAAAACAUGUUCCAUUUCCCCCAGUGUAAUCGUAUUCACACCUAUAAACCAUCUCAUUUUACCAUAUGCAAAAUACGUUCAAAACUUUCUGUCAUCUUCAUUGGAGACUUGUCCGCAUGCUCCCAUGUUGCCAGUGUGUUUUAUAAAAGGGCCUCAAAUUGGGAUCAAUGCUGUUUCAUUAGAUUCAUGGCUCGUACUCAGCUCAGUAGGAUUAAUUCUAAUUUUGCCUUGCUAGUAUAUCCAACAUUCUAUUACUUUAAGUUGCAAUUGCUAUAGAAGAUAGCUGCUCCUUUGGUCGGCUUCUAUUAGCUGUGACAGUUUCCCCACUGGUUAUGCACAUGCACCUGAAAGCUAGCAUUCAUUUUCUAGAAUAACUGUAACAAUUGUACUUCCUUUUCACUUUAUCUUUAUCUUCUACAGGUCGAGGGCAAACUUGUUGCAAGGGACGCUGGACACCCCCUCUAUCCUUUCAAUGAUCCCUAUUAA